AUGGCACGGGAAGGGAACGAGUGGCAUUAUUUCACACUUUCAAUGAAAUUUGAAGACCCUAACUUUCAUGAAGAGAAUGUAAUUGACCUGAUAACAUGGAAGCAGUGGGUUAAUAACGCCUUGAGAAGAACGCAUGGGAUAUUUGGGGAAGGAAUUGAAUAUAGCUUUCUACACCAAGAAUCAACUAGAGCCUAUAUACAAGUGGCAAGCCAUGACAAAGAUAGCUUUGCGUCCGCAAUCAGCACGUAUACAUCGGAUAAUGAGCUAGUGGGAUCACCGGUGUUUGUUCUUAUAGAAAAUGAAUCAACGGACCUUAGGACGAUGGACGUCAGUGCCGACGAUCAGGUGUGGGUGAAAAGAACUAUGGAGAGAAACGCAGAAGAGUCGCAGUGCAAUUAG